UCUCCUGACGCGCUUUUCGAAUUUUCCCAGUACGUUACAAUACGUUACAUAGUUAAAUACCAAUAUUAACGGAAACAAUUAUUUGAAUUAAGUGCUCUAAAAUUUAUUUAUUUUAAUUGUUGAAUUGUGAGGUGAUUAUUUUGUGUGGAAUUUAUUUAUUUGUGAAGGAAAUCAUUGACUUGAAUACGACGGGAAUGAUGUCGGAGUGGUUUGUUACGAGUAUAAAAUUUAGCAAGAUUUUGAAAAGAAUCUUUUUCAAAGAUUGUUUGCUGAGAAUUUGAGGAUCGUGGCGGACCAGGGGAUGACGCUCGGCGGUGAAGACGAAAAGCGUGGCGCGGGCUGAACAGGCGCGGGGGAUGUGGGUAUUGGUGAUGCUUGCUUUGGCGGCAGCCGUCACCGCCGAAUGCCCGCGUCAUUGCGAAUGCAAGUGGCGCAGUGGCAAGGAAUCGGCACUAUGCGCCAGAGCUGGCCUAAACGCAGUCCCCCCGCGCCUAGAUCCCACCACGCAACUUUUAGAUUUAGCCGAAAAUCGACUGACCACUCUUCGUGACGACGCAUUUGCUUCCGCUGGUCUUCUUAAUCUUCAACGUCUCUAUCUGCCCGCAUGUAAUCUACGAAGUAUACGACAGUACGCCUUCCGUGCUCUUGUGAACCUCGUGGAGUUAGAUCUCUCGCGCAAUCGUCUUGAAUCGAUACCAUCGCAUGCUUUUGAUUCCAUUCAGGAACUGCGAGAGCUUCGAUUGAAUGGAAAUCCUAUAACUAAAAUUAAAGACGAUGCCUUUGCACCAUUACCACAUUUAGUAAGGCUAAGUCUUAGUUCCUGUAAGAUAUCUGAUAUAGACCCUCGAGGUUUUAUUGGAUUAGAAGCUUCGUUGGAAUACUUGGAGCUAAGUAAAAAUAAACUACAAGUACUUCACGUCGCAGUCUUGGCACCUUUGAGGUCAUUAAAGGGUUUGGAGCUAGCUAACAAUCCAUGGGAUUGUAAUUGUGCUUUGAGACCACUAAGAGAUUGGAUGAUAAGAAAAAAUGUUCCUGCAACUAUCGUUCCAGAUUGUGCAUUGCCACCAAGAUUACUGCAUCAUUCGUGGGAUCGAUUAGAUUUGGAAGAUUUUGCCUGCCUUCCUGAAGUAACCACAUCCUCUAGUAACAUAAAAGGCACUGAAGGAGAAGAAGUGACAUUAGUUUGUAAAGUAUCUGGCAUACCAGCUCCAAGAGUGCGGUGGUUACGUUCCGGACGCUUAUUGGCAAACAGUACAAAUGCUAAUUCAGGAAGAGCUUUUUUAUUGCGAAGUGAAGGUCAGAAUAGUAAUUUAGUUAUAAAAUCAUCAGAAGUUCAAGAUUCUGGCCUUUAUACUUGCAAUGCAGAAAAUCGCGCUGGAAAAGUAGAAGUCAUUCUAAAUUUAACAAUUGAAAAGAAAUUACCCACGAAAGGAUUCGGUGGAAGAGCCUUAAUGGCAGGAAUGGCUGUGUCAGCAGUACUAGUAUUAAGUUCAUGUUUAAUAGGUCUGUGUAUAUAUGAAACCCGUAAAAAAAGACAGAUAGAUAGAUGGAAUGAACAAAUGGUAACUUCUAAUCAUAAUGAAAGUAGCUAUGAGAAAAUAGAAGCUAAUAUUAAAAGUAAUGUUGAAGUUCCCCGAGCAACGCCUUCUGAGAAUAGAAAAAGGGGUGACUAUCGAAAUGUACCUUCUCAUGAUCCAGAAGAAGAGUAUGAUUCACUUAGGAAAGGAGAUGGACGUAAUGAAAGAGAAGUGACUGGACAACCCUUAGAUCAAUCGUGGCGCAGAAAUGAAUUUGAUGUUUCCACAUCGAGGUCUGCUGAAAUUGUACAAGAUCUUCAUAUUCCACGAUUAAGCGAAUAUGCUGCGAGAUUACAGAAGAAUGUGGAGUCGAUACAAAAUUCCAAAUCGGCAGGCCUUUUAAGUGGUCGCGUAGAGAUGUUAUCAGAAAAUAGUCGAUUUAACAACAACGCUCGAUCUUGUCCUCAGACCCGAAUACGUGAACGUCUCGAUAAUGAUCUCUCUGGAAGCGACAGCGAAAAAAACUACCCCGAUCUCAUAGAAAUGAGUGCUUUAGGUACGAGUUCAUAUUUCCGAAGUGAUUCAAAACAGGAUCCUUAUUAUUUUUAUACAAUCCCAAGGAGAAAAGAUGGUGAUAGCCGAAGUCCUCUUUUAAGUAGCCGUCGAAAUAGUUCCGGUGGAGAUUCUGUAACGUACCUCGAUCGAGCUUACGAAAAAAGUCGACAGAAGCCACCUGGAAGAAGAUCAAAUAGUUUUUUAGAUCUAUCGGUAGGUGGCAGUCGUUCACGUAGAAAUCCAAGUCUACCUGCUUCUCCAAAUAGAGAGCCAUCAUCUGUUCCGUCCGCUACUCCACUUCUUGAUCUGUCCGGUCUUCGAGAUUAUACCCAAACGAGUCCGCCUUUUGAGGAUUUUGACUUUCGAGCGUCCCAACUUGAAAGAUUUUUAGAGGAAUACAGAAGUCUCAGGGAACAAUUGUCUAGAAUGAAAGAAACUAGAGAAAAUUUACAAAGAACAAGAGCUGUAGAACACGAAGAGCUAAGAUCUAUUCUUAAGGGAAAACCAAGUAUUGCAGUUACUGAAACUUCUUCGUCUGUAGCCUUGGCCGACUCAUCGUCACCCUUGGCUCUCAGUCCACCCGAAUAUAAACCCCAACAGUCUCGACCGGAAUGGUUAACGACGUUACUCUAUCGUAAUUAAUGUAAAUAUACUGUAAAUCGAACUGAACAAAAUAAAAUUGUUUUAAGUGAAGUGAUAAUAAUAGUCAUUCUUUUUAAAGUUGAAAUAAAUUUUGAAGUCGA